AUAUUAUAGAAUUUCAGUACUGGCAGUGAAUUUCGGAACGCAGCCUUUUACAACAGUGGAAAUUCAGUGAAACAUCGGCGUGCUUAUCAUUUUUGCUGAUAUCAUAAAGGGACGAGUCGUUGCAGCCAGAGUCAUUGCAACCAGAAUCUUUGCAGUUACUUGCCAUAUUUGAUAUCGUGCUUAAGCGAGAAACAUUUUAAACAUGUCAAACCAAUUACGUUAUGAUGGCCGAGUAGUUGUAGUGACAGGAGCUGGUGCAGGUCUGGGACGAGCUUAUGCAUUGUUGUUUGCAUCCAGAGGUGCUAGUGUAGUAGUAAAUGAUUUAGGAGGUAAUAGACAUGGUGAUGGUGGAAACACCAAAAGUGCAGAUAUUGUAGUCCAAGAAAUUCGGCGAAAUGGAGGAAAAGCUGUUGCAAAUUAUGAUUCAGUAUUGGAUGGCGCAAAAAUUAUUGAGACAGCAAUCAAGACAUUUGGUCGUAUUGAUGUAGUUGUUAACAAUGCUGGUAUUUUGAGAGAUGUAUCGUUUGGGAAGAUGUCGGAUAAAGAUUGGGAUAUAAUAUAUGAUGUUCAUCUAAAAGGUUCUGUAAAAACAACAAAAGCGGCAUGGCCAUAUUUUCUUAAGCAAAAAUAUGGUCGUGUAAUCUUAACUUCAAGCAACAGUGGUUUAUACGGGAAUUUUGGACAAUCCAAUUAUAGUACGGCGAAAAUGGGUCUUGUAGGAUUUGCUAAUACAUUAUCCAUUGAAGGAGCAAAAAAGAAUAUUUACACUAAUGUAAUAGUGCCUACAGCCGGCUCACGUUUAACGGAAGAUAUCAUGCCACCGGAUUUUUUUAAUGAAUUAAAGCCUGAAUUGAUAGCACCUGUUGUCUUUUGGUUGUGUCACGAGAAAUGUGCAGAAAAUGGUUCAAUAAUUGAAUCAGCAUUAGGCUGGGCUGGCAAAUGUCAUUUAAUUCGCUCUUCGGGUUGUGUCUUGCGGCAAAAUCUAUCGUCUGACGUUUCACCGGAAGUAGUGCAAGAAAAUUGGUCGAAGAUAACUGACAUGUCAUCAGCAAAACGAUUCAACUCAAUUCAAGCAGUAUCAGGAGAAUUAUAUGGCGUCAUUGAAACCCUGAAAAAAGACGUUCCUUCUGGAGAUAAAUAUAAUCAUGUCAUAAGGAACAACUAUAACUAUCGCGAUAUUAUAUUAUACGCACUCGGAGUCGGAGCUACUGUUCAACAGCCAAGUGAUAUGCGUUACUUGUAUGAAAAUUCCGACGAAUUCGCUGUAUUACCUACUUUUUACGUUUUAUACGGACCUUUAGGAUGCAUGGGCUCUUCUAUGCUGCAAGAAGCUUUACCAAAUUCAGAAGUUGAUGCGACAAAAAUAUUACAUGGAGAGCAGUAUUUAGAAGUCUAUAAGCAAUUACCUACAGAAGCUACAGUGGAAACACGCUUGAAGGUGCAAGAUGUCAUGGAUAAGGGAACAGGCGCAGUUGUUUUGGUCCAACAUGACACCUAUAAUACAACAAACGGAGAAAAAUUAUCAACUGGACAGAUAUCUAUAUUUGUCGUCGGUGCAGGUGGUUUUCAAGGGAAACGAACUUCACCUCAUAUCAUUCCACUCAUUAAUCCACCUACUCGAAAACCGGAUAUGUCAGUCACACAACAGACAAAUAUUGACCAAGCUGCUCUAUACAGAUUGAGUGGAGACCUCAACCCUUUGCAUAUUGAUAAUAAUAUUGCUGCAAUGGCAGGAUACGAGAGACCAAUAUUACACGGGUUGUGUUCUCUAGGAUUCUCGGCCCGACAUGUUCUUCAAGCGUAUGCUGGUGGAGAUCCGAAUUUAUUUAAAUCUAUUAAGGUGAGGUUUGCAAAGCCUGUAAUACCAGGUCAAACGUUGCGUACUGAUAUGUGGCGUGACAAUAACAGAAUACAUUUCCAAACAUCUGUCGUUGAAACCGGUGUACCAGUCGUAACAGGCGCUUAUAUUGACCUGCAGGACGUUAAAAUGGCAGUACCACUUACGAAUCCGACUUCCUUGAAAGAAAAUAUACAGAGUGAUGCUAUAUUUGCAGCUAUAAAUGAACAGGUGAAAUUAAAACCAGAUUUAGCUAAGAAGGUUAAUGCAGUCUUUCUUUACAUUAUAACCAUUGAUGGAAAACCAGUAGCUGAAUGGACUCUUGAUUUGAAGAAUGCUAAAAUAUAUAAAGGAAAACCUGACACAGGGAAAGCAGAUGUGACACUUACUGUAGAUGACAAAGAUAUGGUUGAAAUUGCACUAGGAAAAUUAAGUCCACAAGUGGCAUUUAUACGUGGAAAGAUGAGAAUAACUGGAAAUAUUAUGCUUGCGCAAAAAUUAAAAGAACUUAUGGAAGUCAAUAGAGCUAAGCUAUAAUUUUUUUUAUUUUGUUCGCUUAGCUUUAA